ACGAAGAGCAAGCACCAUGUUGAAGCCAUCAUUGCCACUCAGAUCCUUCUUAUUCCUGCAGCUGCUUCUGCUGGGGGUGGGGCUGAACCCUGUUCUCACACCCAGUGGGAAUGAAGACACCACAGCUGGUGGGAAAUCUGGGCCUAGAGGAGAUCUCUUCCUGGCCUCUAUGAACCCCAGGUCCCUUAAUGUUACCUCCCUGCCCUUACCAGAGAUUCAGUGCUUUGUGUUUAAUGUCGAGUACAUGAAUUGCACUUGGAACAGCAGCUCUGAGCCCUGGCCUACUAACCUGACUCUGCACUAUUGGUACAAGAACUCUGAUAAUAAUAAAGUCCAGGAGUGUGGUCACUAUAUAUUCUCAGAAGAGAUCACUUCAGGCUGUUGGUUUCAAAAAGAGGAGAUCCAUCUCUAUCAAACAUUUGUUGUCCAGCUUCAGGACCCCAGGGAACCCAAGAGGCAGACUGAGUGGAAGCUAAAACUGCAGAAUCUGGUGAUCCCCUGGGCUCCAGAGAAUCUAACACUUCAGAACCUGAGUGAAUCCCAGCUAGAAUUGAACUGGAACAGCAGCUACUGGAACCACUGUUUGGAGCAUUUGGUGCAGUACCGAAGUAACCGGGAUCGCAGCUGGACUGAACAACCAGUAUAUCACAGAAACAGCUUCUCCCUGCCUAGUGUGGAUGGGCAGAAACUGUACACAUUCCGGGUUCGAAGCCGCUUUAACCCACUCUGUGGAAGUGCUCAGCAAUGGAGUGAAUGGAGUCAUCCAAUCCACUGGGGGAGCAAUACUUCAAAGGGGAAUCCUUCGUCAUUUGCAUUGGAGGCUGUGCUUAUCCCCAUUGGCUCCAUGGGGUUGAUUAUUAGCCUCCUCUGUGUGUAUUGCUGGCUGGAACGGACAAUGCCUCGAAUUCCCACCCUUAAGAACCUAGAGGAUCUGGUCACUGAGUACCACGGGAACUUCUCGGCCUGGAGUGGUGUGUCUAAGGGACUGGCUGAGAGUCUGCAGCCAGAUUACAGUGAACGACUCUGCCUCGUCAGUGAGAUUCCCCCAAAAGGAGGGACCUUAGGAGAGGGACCUGGGGGCUCCCCAGCCAGCCAGCAUAGCCCUUAUUGGGCACCCCCAUGUUAUACCCUGAAGCCUGAAGCCCCAAUGCCCUGACAGAACCCCAAGGUCCUGUAGCCUCAAAUGAUACUAACAAUGUUCACUACCACUUCCUGUGGCUAAUUUUGAAUUCUGUUCCUCAUGUAACUUAACUGUCCCUUCACUCAGUAUCCCCUACUUUUGAAUUGCCCCCUUAUUAUGUGUUUCUUAUCUCCCCCAAUCUGGCCCUUCCUUUUUAUAGGACAC